GAAUUCAACCACCAGCCCCCACCGGAAAGUGGCUUUGUGUCUGCUCUGUGGAAAGAAUGGUAGCUAGAGAAUAAAGACUCUGUCUUCACAUUGACUGAACCACUAUAUCAAUGUAAAUACACUCAAAUAUGGAUUCUGCAAAUCAACUGAAAAGGGGUUUAUUGUUUUCAUUUCUCAUUCGAAUUUUGUAAGUCAUAUGAAGCUUUGAUCCUUUGGGAGUUCGUUUUUCUUUCCUUUGUGAGUUUAGUCUCACUAUGAACUGGUGGAGAAGCCAAGCUACGCUCAGGAUCCUUUUCUUGCUGUUAUUGGGUCAGCUGGUUUCUUUUGUACUUGCACUCUGCAGCUUCACAUCUUCUCUGGUAGCCAAUCUCGGUGUUGAUGCACCCAUUACUCAAUCUAUCUUCAAUUACUUUGCUUUAGCCUUGGUUUAUGGUAGUAUUUUGAUCUACAAGCGCCAAAAGAUCCAGCUUUCUUGGUACUGGUAUCUCCUCCUAGCAUUUGCUGAUGUUCAGGGCAAUUAUCUUGUUAAUAAAGCAUAUCAGUUCACAUCACUUACUAGUGUGACAUUAUUGGACUGCUGGACCAUAGCUUGGGCCAUAGUUCUCACAUGGUUCUUUCUUGGCACGAGAUAUUCCAUAUGGCAGUUGUUUGGUGCAGCCAUCUGCGUUGUGGGGCUUGGCUUGGUGCUGCUCUCUGAUGCAGGGGUGGGUGGUGAAGACGGUUCAAAGCCUCUUUUGGGUGAUUCACUUGUUAUUGCUGGGACACUUUUCUUUGCAUGUAGCAAUGUUGGCGAGGAAUUCUGUGUUAAGAAGAAAGAUCGCAUUGAAGUGGUGUCAAUGCUCGGUUUUUUCGGAAUGCUAGUGAGUCUGGUUGAGCUAUCCAUAUUUGAGCUGAAGAGUCUGGAAUCAGUCAGCUGGUCUGCAGAUAUUAUAUUAGCUAUUGCAGGCUAUACUCUAUCCCUUUUUAUGUUCUAUACCCUUGUUCCUUUUGUUCUAAAGUUGAGCGGAGCUACAAUGUUCAAUCUCUCUCUCCUCACUUCUGAUAUGUGGGCAGUAGUUUUUCGCAUCUUUUUCUACCGCCAGGAGGUUGACUGGUUAUAUUUUCUUUCUUUUGCAGUUGUAACCGUUGGACUUGUCAUCUAUUCAACGACAGAGAAGGAUCCAGCUCGAAUGUCUGCUCUGGAGGAUGAGAACUCCAACGGAGAAUACCAAGCACUUAUUGAUGAUGAUGCAACCAGAAAUGACUCUUUAGUUUCAUGAACCGCAUAGCAGCUUAUGGAACCUAUCUGUUCUGCUUGCCAAUAAGAACUAUGACUAGUGACAUUCAUUAUUCCCAUUUGAGUGAAGUCUUACUUAGAAAGGAUAACUUCAAUCUCAGAAUGAAGACUAUAUUAAAGGAUUCAGAGCCUCCCUUCUUCAUACUUUGAUGAAUCAUGUAAUGAGACUUGUGAAAGAUGCAAUAUCUUUUUCAAUGUCCAGAAUAUAUCAAACCCCAUGUAACUUAAUGUAUUGGAUUCUAUCAUGAAAGUUUCAAUGUUAUUAUUAUUAUUAUUUCCAA